GUCCUGAGCCUCCUGCUCACUGGCGCUGCUGGUGCAGCUCUGUCCCUCUUUCUUUUGUGGCUGCACAGUGAGAAACCAAGCGGGUCAACAAGUUGAGCUUUCAAGGCGGGCGGUAUAGAUACUGCUAAUCACCAAGCCAUGCAUUUCAGUGGGUUGACAUGAAACUCUUGGGCUAUGCUUCAGUAUGCCUCUCCCCAUCACUGCGCUUGUCUACCAGCCACGCAAACCAUUAGCUUAUAUGUUCUCCAGCUCUGUCUUUUGCAGGAGCCUUGGACUCGCAUCUCCAGAUCACUGACAAUGAAGCCAGAAUCUACCAUCAUUAAUCUCUUUCAGCAUGCAUUCAAGGUUCACUUUCAGCAAUGUCAUAAGGUGGAGCUACAGCCUCUGGCACUUGUGGGAAGCUCUAUCACUGACAUUCAUUAAAUGCACUGGAGAGAGAUGGCAACUUCAAAAUCGAUUAAUUAUCAUCAUCGCCUCUAAUUAUAUCAUGCCCAAACUCUGCGAGAGGUUUUUGAGGUAAAUGAAAAAUGAGAUCUCUGCUAUGAGGAAGUUGCGAUUAAAACUCACGAUGCUAACAUAGGAAAGGAAGAAAAGGAGUUUGUCUUGAAGAAAGGAGCAGCUGAGUACCAGACUUUGUGUUAAACUUCUUAUCACCGAUCUCCUCCUCACCCUGUAUCGCCAGCCCUGCUCUGAGGGAAACUAGGGAAGAAAGAAGGGCAAAGGACCGAAGAAAAAAGAUGUUGGUGCUGUCUAAUGACACAGCCCUGAGCAUUCUCCUCUCCAAGCUGCUUCAAGACCACCUGGAGCAGACAAAUAGCACUGCCCCCUCUACAGUUGGAAGCACUGGCGGCAGCCUGGAAAUCAUCUAUGUGCUGAUGAUGGUCGGUCUCUUUGGCUUCUUCACAGUGGGAGUCAUGGUGACCAAUAUCCGUGCUAGGAGGCUGGAAGACUCCCACAACCCCUACAACAUGUACAUUGCAACAGACAUUUGGCACAAGAAGGACCAGGAAUAUUUUCAAGCAAAGCUUAUAGAAAAUUACAAGCUGUGCUGUGUCUUUGAAAACCAGUUGGCAGUAGAGCAGCCAAGCAUACACAUUCCUGAGGAGAAGUCUUCCUAGCCAAAUGGGAGAAAGGACUGAACUUUGCAUGGGGACAACCCAAGCGAUAUCUGCUAUGAACCAGGCUAGCUGCCUUCCCACCUGCCAAGCUCCUGGUGCUGGUCUAGGACAGAUUGAAUUACAGAGAUGACAGUGAAGCUGAUGGGUUUGUGAUGACUCAGGUGCUGCAAAGUUGUCUGACCACAUUGUUUCAGUCAUUGUAAGGUCAGGGAAGGGGACACACCAAUAGGAGUAUCAUAGAUUCAUCAGCUUCACCUGGUAAGAAAUGCAGUUGUUGGUGUUGCCAGCAUGAAUUCUUGCAGUAGUCAGUAUACUUCAAAACAAACUGGAUCAAGCAUAAGCUAGAGAUAUUAACAGCCAAGUAUUGUUUAGGCAAUUGUUUUCAAGUAAGACGAUUGUCUUCCAAGAAAAUGUAGCAGAAAGAUUUUCUUUGGAUUUUUGAAUAAUCAUUAUAUAAACUGUACAGUGUUAUGGAUGAGUAGUUUCUCUGAGAAUCAUGUACCUUUUUGAGAUAGAAUUUUUUUAAAAAAGGAUUUGCUUUAUUUUUGCUGAAAAUCAUUUCUGUGGAAAAAUGUAGACUUUGGAGGGAACUUUUUUAGUGACUGUCCUUAACUCACAUUGUGUACCCCAGAUAAGACUUGCAGAGUACUUAUGUUUUUCCUUCUUGUGGAUCCAGGUCGAUCUCAGAAGCAAUAUCCACCUUUGUACAAGGACUGAGUAACGUACAGUGUUGUGAGUCUCAAUCACCUUUAGUUAUUGCAGAAGACCUAGGUGCUAGCCUUUGGUUGCAAAGUGGAUUUCCACACUGUGAAAAUUGGUUUCUCAAGAUCUCUGCUAUUUAGUCAUGAAAGCAGCUUAUGUGUGUGCCUAUGAGCUGUUUCUCCAGCCCCCAAGAGCAGCCCCCUUAGCACAGCUGUUUAUUUCUUGAACUAUCCAAUGUGAGGUCCAUGUCAGCAAGGUAUUCCUGCCUGUGUCCUCCAUAUGCCCUCCUUCCAUGGACUGUGUACACCAAACUGCAGGGAGAAGGCAGCAGCUGAACUCUGCUGCUCAAACAGCAAAUAUUGGCUGUCUCUGCUAUCAGGCAGAAAUAUGGCUGCUCUGAAUACUGCACUACUUAAAAUAGCAACGUAGCUUUCUUGUAUGGGACCAAAGAAGCAAUGGUCUGGGCAGGAGGGGAUUUUUUAUUUCUACUCUACAGAUGUACAUCUCAUUUUUAACUACCAGAGAGUGAGAAGAAGUGGGAAAGGCUUGAAAAAAAGUCAUGCAGAGCAGUUGCUUCAAAGGCAAGGCAAAGGCAAAGUGGGGGCAGAUCACCACCAAAUAUUUGGAUAGGCAAGGGAUGCAGAGCACUGUACUUUCAUUAAAGUAGCAUUCCAGCCAUGUUUAUCUUCCCAUGAUACUUAAACUUAGGACAAUUGAAAACAUGGUGUAUUUUUAAAAAUAUAUUUGUAUGGUGCCUACCAUUAAGCUGAGGGUGAGACCAAUGUUUUAAGUGUCUUGAACAGCUUGGAAUAUAUCUAUUGGCUUAAUUAUCUGAGCCUUUGUCUCCGCUAGAGGAAGGUAGACCAAGCCAAGCUUUGGAUAACUGUGGACUUCUUGGCUUGGGCACUGCCCUUUUGGGUUCUCACCAUGCAGUCUGUAUACUGCUUCUACUUCCUGCCCUCAGUGAGAGUGCAAAUUCUCUCGCUUGUUGGUUAUCUAGGUGUAGACCCACGAAGCAUUGCUGAAAAUGUUUAAACCUGCGUUAAAAAUGGCCUUCAUUACAUUAAAACCUUUGAACAUUAAGCAUUUCAAAAGGUCUGCCUCCUGCAGCUCUCCUUCCACUCCAGGUGCUUUCAGGUAUUUUGGGCUGAGGCACUUGCUGAUCACCUUAUUUUAAUAGGCCCAGUGUAGCUAUUUGUGACAAGGUCAUUGUCUGCAUUACUUAGCUUCCACUUCUUUUUUUUUUUUUUAAUUUUAUCUCUACCAUUUUAUUUAUUUUAAUAAGUGAGGAACCACUGUGCCUUAGUCACAAUGUUUUUCUCUGUAACCAGGCUACAAAGCACCUUUCUGUGUCACAUGUAGACUCCCACAAUGGACCUUCACAUUACCUUUCAGUCUUUCUCCUUCUUCCCAUACAUUUUUCACUUGUGAAAA